AUGAACCGAAUCCUCCUGUUUCUAUGCCUCAUGGGCACCUCUUGCGCUGUGGCACUGCGCAAACCCCGCAAGGCAGGAUUUGGAAGCAAGAGUGAAGAAAUGAUGCAGUUUGGUCCGUAUGGCUAUAUAAACUCACCACAGCUGGCUCACCUGGCCACUUCUUUGUACGGCUUCCAUGCAAGUUACCCACAGAUGUUCCCUCAGCAGCCCGGAUCACCUCUGCAGAGAUUUCUCCUCUGGCAACCACAAGGCCCGCCGCGUCCAGCCACCCAGCUGCCCCCACAGAAACCUCACCAAGCUCCCGUGGCCAAGCAACCAAAUGGCAGGCCACAACCAAGGUCGCAGCUACCACCACAGCAACCGAGACAUCCGCAGCCUCAAGCGAGGCACCCGCAGCCGCAACCAAAACGGCAACCGCCCCCCAAGCCACCCCCAAACACCAGCCCCACUCAGACUCACCGGCAGGUGCCAGUCCAGCAAGCCAGGCAGGGGAAUCAGCAGCAGCCUCGGGUAAACAAGGAAGUUGGACAAAAAGCCGUGUGCUCCAUUGUAAUCUCUCCUGCAGCUUGA